ACAUAUGUGUAUUGGUCCAAGUUGUGGAGAUGUCACUUUGACAGCCAAUAGAUCGAGAGAAGUACGUAUCGGAGAAUCGGCGAAUUACAAAUAGAAGCAUGCGAUAUGUUAUGCCAUUAAAUCAUUAUUCCUGACCUUAAAGAAUCAGAAUUAUGAUAAUAUCUCCAAGGACUAUUAAUCGCAUGCUCUCGUAAUUGUGUCCUUUUCAUUUUUGUUCUCGUCAGGUAAAUGAACGGGUUGCUUAGAAACAUUAUCGAUUUAUUUAAAAAAAAAAAAAACUCGUGUAAUUCUUAUUGUAAGCGAUUGUAUUGUUUUGGUGUCGCUUGUUAUUAUAAAACCUUCGAAUAUCGUAAUUAAAUUUUUGUAAAAAUUGAAGAGAAAGAGAGAGAAAUAGAAAUAGAAGAAUUUUAUACAAAUCAUGAGUAAAUUGGAAGAUUUAUUAGUUAAAAAGAAGACGACGGCGCCCAUUUUAGAUUUAAGCCGUAGUCUAGUGCAAAAUAGUGAAGAAUUUAAACGUCUUAUGGAAAAGGUUCCCGAAUAUAAGACCAGGCCAAUUAAGGUCAGAUCUGAUGAAAUUAAAAUUAAAGAGAAGGAUUUCUCGUUCAAAAUGCCGCGAAAAGAACAGAAAAAAUUACUUAAAAGCAGUGGAGAACGUGAUCCCCUUUAUUUGUAUGCGGAUCCAAUACCGGCAGAGAUGAGAGAAGUCGCCUUGCAUGAAUUGUGCGCCGUACCAAUUGAUUGGAAAAUGUUAACAACACUACGUCCCAAAUUGAAAAUUGAUGGCGAAUAUUUCUCACGUAUGAUAGAAAUGGGGAAACUGCAAUUGAAGACAGAAGCUCGUGACCGAAAGGAAUUCAUGCUAAAUAAUUGUAUAAGAAAAUUGAAAAAUAAAUCAGGUAUAGUGGAAACCCGCCUGCAUACAUGUCCCGAAUGCGGAGAAGACUUAUGUUACGGAAAACUGUGCACCGAAUUUAGUUACGAGUUAUUCGGGCGAAUAGAACCGAAACCUUUAAAACCCAAGCCACCAACUGGUUCACCAACGAAGGCCAAACUCAACGGUCGCCAAAAGUCUGGCGGUAUUGGUUUAAAAGUGAAAUCCAAAAAAAAAUCAUAAAACAAAUAAAAACCAAAGCUUGAAUACAUUCAUUAUAUGUAAAUAUAGAUAUAACUUAGCGAAGAAUGAAACAUUUCGUAAAUGUUCUUAAAAAGUGACGAGCUUUAAAACUGACUGCCCGUUCAAUUGAGUGAAACAUUUUCCAAUACAAAACACUUUAUGCGUUAAAUAAUGCAUCGACUUAAGCUCAAGUCAACGUCCGAUUAACUGAGACUAUUAAAAAUAAAUCCCACUAUUUAGCUUUGAUAGACAUGAUGUCUUAAAUAUGCAGAGACAUGUCUCGUAACCAGGUAAAAAUUUCCAUAGUCCUUGUAACUAAUUGCAAUAGCUUUUCGUUUUCGUUUUCGUUUUCGUAUGAAAAUCGCCGUUCAUAAGCAAUACAUAGCAAAUCGAUGAUUAAUGAAUGCAUUUUUCAAUUUGUCUGAUUUCGUCGAUUUUUCUCCAUCGUUCCACGUAAGCGCUCAAU